AUGAACAAGGAGGAGGUCACACUCAGCAAAUUUCAAGGGCUUUUGAAGACCGUUGAAACUGGUCUUAAAGGCAAAUCGGUUGUUACUACUCCUACUCCUACCGCCGCCCCUAUUUCGGCAAUCGGGAAAAGUAGAAGGAAGAAAAGGAAGACCCCUUCGAAGGGUACCAAGGGAAAUUCUCUUAGUGGCUCAUCUUUAAGUGGAAACAAAGGUGGUUCCAUCACUCCUUCUUCCAACCUAAAAGAAGCUCAAUGCUUCUAUUGUAAGGAAAGAGGGCACUGGAAACGAAGCUACCCCAAGUACCUGCAAGAUGUUAAAGAUGGGAAGGUGGCGGUGGUUUACGAUGGCCAAGACGCACCUCCGGUAAAGUUGUUUCUAGCCGAGAAAAUAAGAAAGAUAGGGGGAGAGUUUAAGUGGCAAUUGAUGUGA